UUCGUUAGAUAAAAACACGUUGGGAAUUUAGAAAGUGAUUACAUCUGUGUUUUUUUUAAAAUAAGUUUUACGCUCUGGAGGUGCUGGAAAUGUUUGGAUCACGUGGAAACCGCUGGGCCUUGAUGUUACCUGUACCGGACCUGCCUGGGUCCCGGCCCGACCCCCCAGCACCAGGUAGCAGGUAAGGGACGCCGAACCCGCACUUGACGCACACCUCGUGCUGCUGGGAGGAAGCUCAGAGCGCCGCUGCUGCGCAUCCAGCUGCUUUCAGGACCAAAUGAAAGUCCAAACACUACAGAGUUACAACCGAAGCUCCGCAGAUAUCACAGCGGAGCGCAGAGCGGGCAGAGACACCGCCCCGGACGCAGGUGAGAGGGAACUUCAGCCGCCUCCAGGUGCAGAAAUCCGGAUUUGCGCUCGGCUUCUUUACGCGCAGGCGGACUCUUCUUCGGGGGGUGGGGGGGGUGGGAGAGUUAUGGCUCUCCGGGGGAAGCUGGGAAUCUGAGCUCCCCGAGUCCGAGGAACUGGACCAACUGGACGCCGAUUUGUUAAUAUCUUUACCAUCUUCCUCAUCUGCUCAGCUCCAGGUGCUUACGAUGUUCCAGCACAGCAGUAACAAGAAGUGCUUCACCAUAGAGUCUCUGGUCGGGAAGGAGGCGAUCAGCCACAGCAGCGGCUCCGGGGAUGAGCCCAUCCGGCCCACGGCGCUCAGGUUCCCGGAGUCCCUGCACCCCGCCGCCGCCGCCGGGGUCUUCGGCUCCUGCUUCCAGGGGAGCAGCGGGAGGACUUUGUACUCUGCCGGGCCGGACAUGGUGCUCCAUGAGCCCGGGACGCACACGCAGAGCCCCGGCGGGCUGCCGCUGCACCCGCUGCAGAUCCCCCCGCAGAGCUUCUUCAGCCCGCAGCAGCGGGAGGCGCUCAGCUUCUAUCCCUGGGUGCUGCGGAGCCGGUACCUGGGACACCGCUUCCAAGGGGACGACAGCAGUCCGGAGAACCUGCUGCUUCACGGUCCGUUCUCCAGGAAACCCAAAAGGAUCCGGACGGCGUUCUCGCCCUCUCAGCUGCUCCGGCUGGAACGAGCCUUCGAGAAAAAUCACUACGUGGUCGGCGCCGAGAGGAAGCAGCUGGCCAGCGGGCUGUGUCUGACCGAGACGCAGGUGAAGGUUUGGUUUCAGAACCGCAGGACGAAGCACAAGCGCCAGAAGUUGGAGGAAGAGUCUCCUGAAGCGCAGCAGAAGAGGAAGGGCAGUCAGCACAUCAACCGCUGGAGAGCGGCCACGCAGCAGCCCGGAGGAGAGGACGUGGACGUCAUCAGCGACGACUAGACUGCAACACACACACACACACACACACAGUCAUAUCGUUCGAGUCCGACAUCUAAAAAGGUGCAUUCAGAUGCCUUCUUCACAUGUUUAAAAAAACAAACAAACAAAAAGCACAGGUUUGGCCAAAGGUUCAGGUUCUUUCUCAUCAAAACUUUGUAGUUAUUUACCCAAAAAGUAAAGUCCAACAUGGAUCAUGUGACUGAAGUCAUGUUUCCGGCCAACAUUUAGCCUCAAACAGAAUCACCACGAAUGCUUGUUGUAUGAUUUUACAUACAAACGGCUCUGAGAGUCCCGUGGGAUGGAAACGUCCCCGACCAACAUUUGCUGUAAAAUUAUAACUUUGGCCUAAUAGCAGAUAAAAAUACAAAGUGUGUGACUUUGUCAACAGAGCGCUGAACGUCCUGAAGCACUGAAAAGAAAAGACAAACGUGUGUAAAAGGCAGACACUGAACGCACCACUAAUAUGUGGCAGUACUCAGCAACAGAGAAAGAAAUGAGCUGGAAUCAGUCUGGAAGAGUAAAGAGGCUUCAGAUGCAUUAGGAAAAGGACAGAAUGAAAUGUGUAAUUGAUGUUUUGAGCGUUCAGUCUGUAGAUGUGAGCGAGCAGAAAGGAACUCCUGCAGCUGAGCGCAGAACAAACGCUUUCGUCCUGCUACGCUCGCACGACGCUUCCCGAGUACCUGAUGAUCUGUGAAAGCCUUUUUAAAAGACUUCAGAGCAAAAAAAUACUGAGGUCAUAAUUAGUGAUAUUUCUCUCUGGUUUGGUUCGAAAAAUGGCUGCACGACUAUUAUUACCACUAUUAUACAGUUUUAUUUAAUCAUUUAAAAACAUGGCAUCUGUGACCGCACCACAAUAAGGUGACGUCGCAGCAUUCCUUCUCUUAUUUUGACACGUUUCUAAACAAAGGUCGUACCUGUGAGCCUGCGAGAGCAAAAUGCAAAUCUCUCCGCAGUUUGUGAGCGACAGUCAUUUGUGCAACAUGACACUGAAACCAUUUGCAAGUGAACAGUGCUCACAAAUCGCUUUUGUUAAACAGGAUGGAAAGUUACUGAGAGUAACAAGACAUGACCUCAGCGUUUUAACAGUAGCGGUCAGGUGGAGGCGUUUCCUGUUUAGGUACGCUGCAGGAAGUGAUGAACCUGAGUUUACAAACCUGCCUCUGCUCGCUCCCAAAUCUUUAUUUCCAGUUUCAUUUCAGCUCAGAUUUGUUUCGGGUUUUGCCACUAAAAGUUGCAAUAAUCUGUCAGAAUGUCAAACAUGCCAAGACUUAACGUUUUCUAGACAUUUAGACAGUUUAUUACAGAUUUAUAGACAACACACACACACACACACACACUCUCACACUCAUCACAGAUGUUGACAGCUUACCUUCCCGAGGACUGAUGGAUGUCCCUGAAGGCAUCAGCGCUCAUGCAAACAGCAGGAGGUCAAAGCUCUCCUGGUACAGACGAUGAUCAGCCACGAGGGAGGAGCUUAAAACGCGGCCACGGCUGUCGACUGAACUCUCGACGGUCGACUUUGGUGCCAAACGACGGCAGCGUCCUGAAAAAGAGACGAUUUAAAGCGAGAAGCUGCUCCGCUGAAGGUUUCUCAGCGUCUGUCUGCAACAGACGGCAGCCGGCUCGCAGGAAAUCUGCUCAGCUCGACAACCUGUGAAAGAGGAAAACAGGGUUCCUGCAGCAGGAAGUCUGAGGCGGAAACAUUUCCCAUAAACUCGGAUGAAAGUUUCACUUCAACUUUUCUCAGCCGGAGCAGCUGAAGGAAAGAAUCCUCCUUUAAAAACACACGAACUCUGUUGAAAAGCAUCUGGUUGUGAUGUUCUUUACAUUCCAGACUCCAUUAGGAGUUCGGAGUCUUUUAACUGAACUCUCUACUGUACUUUUUUUAUACUUUGAUCUAAAAUGAUAAACGUCAGAAUCAAACCGGGUGUCUGGUGACUCCAGAAAGAAGCUGAGAAACAGCUUUCGAGUUUUACGUUGACAGAAAUGUACAGCUUCAAUUCUGCACUUGGUUGGUCUUUGUCAACUUGUUAAGUUGGAAAAUGAUCAUGUAAUCAAAUCACAUCCGCUCUGUUAGGGCUCGGCCACGCAGGCUUUUAUUACAGCAACAUUUCAGACCGAAAUCAGACGAGUAAUCCGGGUUUUAGUCUACAUGCGGAAGCAGAGUUACAGGCCCGACCCUCGUUUGUUAACAGAAACAAGCUGCAUCUCUGUGUGAUGUAAUGUGCUGUGUUCAAGCUGCUCAUUAACAAAUGAGUCCAGCUAGUGCUAGCACGUUGCCAGCCAGGUAGCGUGUUUCCGGUUUGCUCGGUAACGAGUCCCGCGAGACGUGCGCACGAACCUCGCGAGCAUCUGUAACUUCAUUUUCGGAGAGAAGGUUUCUUUCACGGAUUUCUGCGACUCUGCCGGACAGAAAAACACAAAAUCGUGUUAACUAAGAUUACACUCUCUUUGUUAGCAUUCAGCGACAGAUAUCCAUAUAGUCUUGGCCACUGACAUGCUGCCAAAGCCUCAUGGGAAUUGUAGUUGUUGCUAACAGAUGCUAUCCGUAAUUUAAAAUAUGGACAUGGUUCAGGUUUUCAGAAAAACUGCUGAAAGAGACCUUUAACGAGAAAAUACCUGUUGUUGAGGGCUACAUGGAGGCUGUCUGUGUUUUCUGUAAGAAGGCAUCUUGUCUCGUCAGCUCUGCUUUGACUGGUUAUUUUCCUACGUUUCCCAGAAUGCUUUAAGACACCAAAAAAAAAAAAAGGAACAUUUCAACAUUUUUUUUCCCCAACACGAAGUAACUUGUGAAAUGUGCUGAACAUCACAGCCUGAUGAUUAUUAAACUCUUCACUUCCUGUUGGAGAAACCUGGAAUUUCCUCUUUUCACAAAGUUCUGUUCUGCAAGAACACUAGAAUAAACUACAGUGUGUGUGUGUGUGUGUGUGUGUUCAUGGUGAUGAAGGAACAUGUCACCCAGGAUACACACACAUUAUUUUGUUAGUUUUUAAAACUGGAUUCGUUAACAAGAAGAAAACUGCAGACUCAAAGUCCGGACACUGAUGAUGCAGGAGAUAAAAGGAGCGUCAUGGCUGGUUUCCCACGCAGCCCUGCUCAGCGGCACUGCGGCAGCGCUGCGGACUCACACCAGCUGAUCCCGGAGCAGUUUCACUUUUCAUUCUGCUGGUAGUUUGUGUCUUUUUGGAAACAACAACAACAAAAAAAAAAAAACAGUAGGUAUUUAUGUAAAAAAAAAGUAUUCUAUGCAUCUGAUGUGUAUAUAAUGAUAAUAAUAUUAAUGUGUGGACUGUUUGUUUCUCUCACUGCAUCCGUUCAUCUGUUGCUUUCUUCUUCCUGGACAGAUUUACCUCAUCAUCUCCUUAUGUAGCACUUCUUCUUCUUCUUCUUAGUCAAAUCUAUUUUUUCAUCGUUUUAGGAUCGAAGGCACUAACUGUACAACUCGUUUCCUUUUGGGGGGGGGGGGCA